GACCACACUUAUCGGAAGUCGGAGCUUACAUCAAGCAUUUGAAGGCGUCACAAGUACAUCACAGUACAGUUUCCUCGCACCUACUGUCAAUUCCAGGGAAGAAAAUGCUGAAAAUUUCAAGAAACUCAACACAAUGUCAUGAGUCUGCAAUUACAGACUACAUUAUAAGGGGUUUGGACGUACAGUAGAACCUUUCAGGUGCUUUUAUGAGACCACCUCUUAAUAAUUUAUAUGAAACUGAUCUUUUUUCGCUGUAAACAAUUCAAACUGGUAAAAGACAGCAAAAGUCAAGCAUGUUUCACCUAAUUAAGAAAGACAAGGAGAAGGAGAAGGAUUUGGGCAAGAUUCAGAAGAAAGACAAGAAAGAGAAGAAAGAGCGGAUGUCCCAGGCAGAGUUAAAGAGUCUGGAAGAGAUGAGCAUACGAAGAGGCUUCUUCCACCUCAAUCGAGGGAGCUCUAAGAGAGACUCUAAGAGCAAGUUGGAGAUCUCUAGCCCUAUCCCAAUUAAGGUCGCUAGCAACAUGGAGCUCAGCCUGACAAAUGUGGAGGCUGAGCGCCUCCAAAACUCCAACACGCAGGGGCAGGAUGUGGCGCAAAUAAGUGCAAGUACCUCUGGUGAGGACGUGAAGGGAAAUGACCUGGAACAUCGUCACAGCUCUGUAAAAGAGAGAGCAGCUAAGUUUGGAGAAUUGGCCAAAUCAAAUUCUAUGAUAGGCCAAAGGCAUGUCUCUUUUUCCCUGAAGAGCAAAGAGGAAAAUACUUUUGAUACUUCUAGUCUCUCUGGGCAGAAUUUGGAAAAAUUGUCUUUAAGGCCGCAAAAGCUUCCUCAAGGAACCAACUCACAAAGCGUCAACAUGGUUCACAUUCCUGAGAUGGUGGAAAAGACCUUCCCUGGUGCAGACCUACAGUUGCCUAUGCUUGCUGCUCCACCAAUACCAGAUCCAAGAGAGCUGGAGCUACAGCGGCGCAACACAGGGGAUUUUGGCUUCUCUUUGCGGAGGACCACCAUGCUUGACAGGCAGCCUGAUGGAGGAGUGUGUCGGCGCGUGGUACACUUUGCUGAACCAGGUGCUGGGACCAAAGAUUGGGCUCUGGGCCUGGUCCCAGGAGACAGGCUGGUGGAAAUCAAUGGGAACAAUGUGGAGAACAAGAGCAGGGAUGAGAUAGUGGAGAUGAUCCGUCAAUCUGGAGAUUCGGUCCGGUUAAAAGUGCAGCCGAUUUUGGAGCUGAGUGAGUUGAACCGCAGCUGGCUGAGGACCAUGCAAGGCCUGCACAAAGAAGUCUUUGAUUCCAAAGUUGUGGACCCUGUGGCCAUCCUUCAGGCAUCACACUCUGCAGCUAAGGGGAAGACUGAAGAGCAGAUAGCAGCAGAGAAAGCCUGGUACAACACUGAAAAAGUAUGGCUGGUUCACAAGGAUGGAUUUUCAUUGGCAACUCUCCUGAAGACAGAGGCAGGCAGUCUGCCAGAGGGGAAGGUGAAAAUCCGUCUGGAGAGUGAUGGAUCUUUAUUGGAUGUGGAUGAAGAUGAUGUAGAGAAGGCAAACCCUCCGAUGUUUGAGCGAGUGGAGGACCUGGCCUCUCUUCAGUAUUUGAAUGAGUCGAGCGUGAUGCACUCCCUGCGGCAGCGGUACGGUGGUAACCUGGUGCACACCCACGCUGGGCCCAGCAUGGUGGUCAUUAACCCCAUUAGCGCCCCCUCCAUGUACUCUGAGAAGGUGAUGCAAAUGUUUAAGGGCUGCAGAAGGGAGGACACUGCCCCUCACAUUUACAGCAUGGCCCAGUCUGCUUAUAGGAACCUCCUGACCACUCGUCAGGAUCAGUCCGUUGUCUUGCUGGGAAAGAGUGGUAGCGGCAAGACUACAAACUGUCAACACAUCAUCCAAUACCUGAUCAGCAUUGCUGGGAGCACCAACAAAACAUUUUCUGCAGAGAAAUGGCAGGCAGUCUACACAGUUUUGGAGGCAUUUGGGAAUGCAUCUACCUGCAUGAAUGGCAAUGCUAGUCGCUUCUCCCAUAUUGUUUCCUUGGAUUUUGACCAGGCGGGCCUGGUGACCUCAGCCUCUAUCCAGACCAUGCUUAUGGAGAAGAUGAGGGUGACAAGAAGACCAGAAGGAGAGUCCGCUUUUAAUGUCUUUUACUACCUAAUGGCUGGAGUAGAUACGUCUCUUAGAACUGAGCUGCACCUCAACCACUUUGCUGAAAACAAUGCAUUUGGAAUCAUGCCUCAUAAUAAGGCGGAGGAUAAGCAGCGGGCCUGCCAGCAGUUUUCCAAGCUGCAAGCAGCCAUGAAGGUUCUGGGGAUCAGUGCUGAUGAGCAGAGGGCCUUCUGGCUUGUCCUUGGGGCCAUCUACCAUCUUGGCGCUGCAGGAGCUACUAAGGCUGGCAGGAAACAAUUUGCACGUCAUGAGUGGGCCCAGAAGGCAGCCUACCUGCUGGGCUGCACCCUGGAGGAGCUCUCCUCCUCCAUCUUCAAGCACCAGGCCAAGGGCACCCUGCCCAGAGCCAGCACCAUCCGCCAGGCUUCUGACGAAAAUGGCACAGCAGACGCAGGAUCCAAGGCUACAGCUAUGGAGUGUUUAGAGGCCAUGGCAUCUGGGCUUUACUCUGAACUCUUCACUUCCCUCAUUUCUUUAAUAAACCGGGCCUUGAAAUCCAGCCAGCACUCCUUGUGCUCUCUGCUCAUUGUGGACACUCCAGGCUUUCAAAACCCAAGGCUGGCUAAGCGUGAGUGCGGCGCAACUUUUGAGGACCUAUGCCACAACUAUACUCAAGAACGUCUGCAGACCCUCUUCUACCAGCGUACUUUCGUUCAGGAGCUGGAGAGAUACAAGGAAGAGAACAUAGAGCUUGUUUUAGAUGACACAGAGCCCAGCACAUCUCUGUCUGUAGCAGUGGUAGACCAAGCCUCAAGCCAAGCACUGGUGCGCACAGUGCGAACGGAUGAGGCACGGGGCAUGUUGUGGCUGAUGGAGGAGGAGGCGCUACAGCCUGGGGGAUCAGAGGAAACACUGUUGGGACGUCUCUUUAGCUACUAUGGACCUGCAGAGGGCGAGAGUAAAGGUCACACUUUCCUCUUGAAGAGUGAAAAGAAUAAUCAUUUCCUGCUGGGUCACAGUCACGGGACUGACUGGGUGGAGUAUGAUGCCCGCGGGUGGCUGAACUACGCCAAGCAAAAUCCUGCCUUUAAUAACGCUACCAGCCUCCUGCAGGACUCCCAGAAGAAGAUCAUCAGCUCAUUGUUCAUGGGCCGAGCGGGCGGGGCCACCGUUCUAUCCGGUUCCAUAGCAGGUCUUGAAGGUGUUUCCCAGCUGUCCUUGCGACGGGCCACUAGCAUGAGGAAGACCUUCACCUCAGGGGUGGCUGCUAUCAAGAAGAAGUCCUUGUGCAUCCAGAUAAAGCUUCAAGUGGAUGCUCUCCUUGACAUGGUGCGGAGGUCCAGGAUUCACUUUGUUCACUGCAUAUUGCCCAAGGCAGAUGCCCUCAAGGCUCUGAGUGGAUCACUGUUCAAAGGUGGGGAAUGUGAGGCUCAAGGGGAGAGUGGAGAUCCUGGCUUAAUGCAGCUAGAUGUAGCUUUGCUCCGUGCUCAGCUGCGUGGCUCCAAGCUGCUCGACGCUCUCCGGAUCUACAGGCAAGGUUACCCUGAUCACAUGGUGUUCUCAGAGUUUCGACGGCGCUUCGAUGUGCUGGCACCGCACCUCACCAAGAAGCAUGGCAGGAAUUACAUAGUGAAGGACGAGAAGAGAGCUGUGGAGGAGCUACUGGAGUCCUUGGAUUUGGAGAAGAGCAGCUACCACAUGGGGCUGAGUAGGUUGUUCUUCAGAGCUGGCACCUUAGCUAAGCUGGAGGAGCAGAGGGAUGAGCAGACCAAGCGUAAUCUAACUCUAUUCCAAGCUGCCUGUAGAGGCUACCUGGCACGGCAAGCCUUCAAGAAGAGAAAGAUUCAGGAUUUAGCAAUCCGUUGCAUCCAGAAAAACAUCAAGAAGAACCGUGGCGUGAAGGACUGGCCAUGGUGGAAGGUCUUCACCACAGUCCAGCCCCUCAUUAAGGUCCAGCUCACUGAGGAGCAGAUGCGAGGCAAAGAUGAGGAGAUACAGCAGCACAAAUCAAAGCUCGAGAAGGUGGAGAAAGAGCGAAAUGAGUUGAGACUGAACACGGAUCGAUUGGAGACCAGGAUUGCAGACUUGCUGGCAGAGCUGGCUGAUGAGAGAAGCACUAGUGAGUCAGCAUCCCAGUUGCUGGAGGCUGAGACAUCAGAGAGACUGCGCCUGGAGAGAGACAUGAAAGAUCUACAGGCUAAGUUUGAUGCCAUGAAGAAGCAAUUAGAAUCACAGGAAAUGGAGGUGAUGGAAGCUCGGCUCAUGAAAACAUCAGAGCUCAACGGGGAGAUGGAUGAUGAUGAUGAUGAUUCCGGAGGUGAGUGGCGGAUAAAGUACAACCGAGCCAUUCGUGAAAUGGAGUUCACCAAAAAGAAACUCCAGCAGGAGUUUGAUGAGAAACUGGAGACAGAGCAGCAGAGCAAAAGACAUCUUGAGAGAAGGCUGGCUGAUUUGCAGACAGAUAAUGAGGAUGUGCAGCGCUCUGUGCAACAGCUGAAGAAGAAGUGCCAGAAACUCACGGCAGAGCUGCAGGACACCAAGCUUCACCUGGAGGGCCUACAGAGCCGUAACCACGAUCUGGAGAAGAAACAGAGGAAAUUUGACCUGGAGCAGAACCAGGCUCAGGCUGAGGUACAAAGAGAAAGGACCCAGAGGGAGAAACUGGCUCGAGAGAGAGAUGCAAUGACUGGUGAGAUGUUUAACCUCCGCCAGCAGCUGCAGGACAAGGACACUGAAUUGUGCGCCGCGAAUGUGAAGGUGCAGCAGCUGGAGGCAGAGCUACAAGAUCUGUCCUCCCAGGAGUCGAAGGAUGAAGCCUCACUGGCCAAGAUCAAGAAGCAGCUUCGUGACCUGGAGGCCAAGGUGAAAGAUCAGGAGGAGGAGCUGGAUGAACAGGCUGGAACCAUCCAGAUGCUGGAGCAGGCUAAGCUGCGGCUGGAGAUGGAGAUGGAGAGGCAGAGACAGACCCACUCUAAAGAAAUUGACACCAAGGAUGAAGAGGUAGACGAGAUCAGGCGAUCCUGCAGUAAGAAGCUGAAACAGAUGGAGGUGCAGCUGGAGGAGGAGUAUGAAGACAAGCAGAAAGUGUUGCGUGAGAGAAGAGAGCUGGAGUCCAAACUGCUGAAUGCACAGGACCAGGUAAGCCAGAGGGAUGUGGAAACAGAGAAGAGGCUGAAGAAAGACCUGAAGAGAACCAAAGUCCUUCUGGCUGAUGCACAAAUUAUGUUGGACCACCUGAAGAGUAACGCCCCGAGCAAGAGGGAGAUCGCUCAACUCAAAAAUCAACUGGAGGAAUCAGAGUUCACUUGCGCUGCAGCAGUGAAGGCUCGAAAGAGCAUGGAGAUUGAAAUAGAGGACUUGCAUAUCCAAAUGGAGGACGUGGUCAAAACUAAGAUAUCAUUGGAGGAGCAUGUCAGCCGUCUGCAGAGAGAGAAGAAUGACCUGCAGUCUCGUAUGGAGGAAGAUCAGGAAGACAUGAAUGAGCUGAUGAAGAAACACAAGGCAGCGGUCGCCCAGUCUGCCAGGGACUUGAGCCAGAUCAGUGACCUGCAGGCCCAGCUAGAAGAGGCCACAAAGGAGAAGCAGGAGAUCCAAGAAAAGGUACAUUCACUGCAGAACCAGCUAGAGUUUCAGGAGCAGUCCAUGGUGGAAAAGUCUCUUGUGAGCCGUCAGGAAGCCAAGAUCCGUGAACUGGAGACCAAGCUGGAGUAUGAGAGGACACAGAUAAAACGCUUGGAGAGCCUGGUGGGUCGUCUGAAGGAGAACCUUGAAAAGAUGACAGAGGAGAGAAACCAACGCAUUGCUGCAGAAAACAGGGAGAAGGACCAGAAUAAGCGAAUGCAGAGGCAGAUAAGAGACAUCAAGGAAGAAAUGGGUGAGCUGUCCAAAAAGGAGUCCGAGGCAAGCCGGAAGAAGCAUGAGUUGGAAAUGGACAUAGAGAGCUUAGAGGCAGCAAAUCAGAGUUUACAAGUGGACCUUAAGCUGGCUUUCAAGAGGAUAGGUGACCUGCAGGCUGCCAUUGAGGACGAGAUGGAGAGUGAUGACAAUGAUGACUUAAUCAACAGUUUGCAAGACAUGGUGACAAAAUAUCAAAAAAGAAAGAACAAAACUGGGGAUGAGACAGAAACAGAUUCAGAGGUGGAAGACCGUGUGGAUGAAGUUAAGUCUUGGCUCUCGAAGAACAAAGGCUCCACCAAGACCCUGACAGAUGAGGGGAGUCUGAAGAGCACCAGCCCUCCUGUGCAGCGGAGACACCUGAGUCUUGGCAGAUCUGAUGAAGAGGAUGAAGCGGACAGAGACUCCAGCAGGCAGUCACUGAAGCAGAGUGACAGCGAAGGCACAUUGGCAGAGAGCACAUCGUAACCCGGACUUUUUCAUUGACACCAAGCACACAGGAGGGACACCAUUAUUUCCACCCUAACUUAACCACCACUUCACUGCCAGCAAGUGAGGCCAGCUGCUUCCAGAGGCAAAGACAGAGAAUAGGAACAGAGAGAACAGUGUUUUCUUUCUAGUUUAGUUUGGGCGUUUUAUCAUCUUAAGUGUGCUUCUUCUUUUUCCAUUUUAUUUAAUACAACAUAUUGAAUAAGUUAGUCAAUACAGAACAGUGAAAGUUGAGCACUAUCUGAAGAACUCCAUACUGCUGCUUUAUUUAAAAAGAGCUGCUUUUCAGGCAAAUUUAAGCACUCCUCUUGCACUCUCCUCUGACUAUUCAGAAAGCUCUGCCAAGAGGAUUUAGAUAAGCCCACUCUGGCAGGACUCCUCCAAGAAAGUCUGACCAACUAUUAAGACUGUUCUUAUCUCUUCCACAUUAAUGUGGACUAGCGUGGUGGGAGGAAUUAACCCAUUUUCAAUGAAUUAUCUUACUGUAGGUUUACUUGUGAUGCUUUUUCCAAGUCGAGAUAUCCACCAUAUGAACAAAGCGAUGCAAGGUCAUGAUUGCUCUCAUGAAACAAAAUCAUUUUGAAGAAUGAAUUACCAUUCUAAAAAUUAAGAUGUUGAAAGUUUCAUAUAACUGAAACACUCAGAAAUGGAUUUAAAGCAAAAUCUGAUCUAAAAGUGUAUAUAUAGAAUACAUAGAUAUAUAAGAUGUGGAAUCAAAGCCUUCACAUGAAGACGAUAUUCAAAUUUUCUAAAGCUAGUAACAGAAUUAUUUUAUUAAGAUAAGGUUUAUGUCAUAUGUCUUGAACUUCAAAGGGAAUAUAUUUGUUUGCCUGUGUAAAGUACGUUUCUGUAGAGCUUUUUACACCUUGCAGGUGCAGAGAUUUAUGGUGGUUUGUUAGAUGCACACACACUGGAUUUCUACUUCACAAUAUAUAAUAACUGAAAACUCCUUAUGCUGAAUCAUGUAGAAUAGUAUUGGCAAUUUUGGAUAUACAGUAUAUUGAAGUCCAUAUUUGGACAUUGAUGCUUUGGCCAUGUUUCUUUAAGCAGUAAAGUAAUUACAUAAUUUCAGUACAUUAUGGUCUUCCUGUCUCAAGGUGCCAAAAAAGUUGGCAUAAUGUAUGUAGAAUUUGUUCAGUAAAACUGAUGAUUUUUUUGUCCAUGACCACCAAUGAGCAGCCCUCAAAAUCAUUUUCUGAUGUAACAGAGUUAUUCUCAGCCUGAAUGCAUUUUAAUAUCUAAGAGGAUUCCCAUGCUGACAAUGAUUGACUUUUUUACUCCGAGGCAUUAUGGAAAAUACGCUUUUUUUAGACUGAACUUAUUAGGGAAUAUGGGGAAAUGUCAAAAAGAUUCAAACCUAAUUUUAGCUCCAUAACUGUAUGUUGUUAGUUUUGGAAGUGUUUUCUUGUUUAUUUUUACUCAUUUAGCCACCCGUGUAUUCUGUAUUACCUCAUAGAAUUCUGCCAAAAAUACUCAAUCUGCUCGAAUAAUUCAAUACAUUUAUGUGAUUUCAGACCCAAAGUGACAAAAACAAGUAGACUAUCAGCGUGUUGUUGUCCAGACUCGCUGGCUAUUUCUAUAUUUGGCCUUACAGAAUGAUAAUGAUAUCCUUAGAUGAUUAUGACCUUUUUAAACUCUAUUUAAAUUAUGUAUAGGUAAAUUUGAAUAAGGAAGCACACUGUAUAUGUGUGCAUGCGGACUGUCUGCUCAUGUGCAAAGAAAAGCUUGGCUUGCUAUUUGCAUAUCUUCUCUGAAGAGCCUAAUCUGCAUUUCAUGUCUUAUUUUCUCUGUUUUUUUUCUUCGCUUCAGACAUGAAUAUUAAUGUGGAACACAGAAAACUUUGAUGUCAGUGCUUCAGAACAGACUUGUUAAAUGGAAAAGAAAUAUUGUAAGUUUCAUUACCUCUAAGUUGGAGUUGCUGGCUUUACACGUUGCUUGAAAAGUUUGUGCACUUCAUAUCUUUUGAGAAGGCUUGUCUAUUUUCAUUAUUGAACAGAUCACCAUUUGUAAUACGAGUGUGUUUGGAGUUUUUUAGUAAAUAAAUUCAGCUGUUUGUUUACAGAAUCAAUGUUGGCUUGCUGUAUAUAAUUUAGAUGCUAUUUAGUUUUUGAAUUCAGCGCCGUCAGAAAACAGUUGGAGAAAAGGAGGUCAGAAGGGAGGCAGGAGGCAGGAGUUUGAUUCAUUUUAGCUCAUCUAUCCCAGACUAGCUUUUCAUCAUACCCAUCCAGUUUUUCCCAGGAGACUACAGAGGAAACAAACAAUUCAUAGAAAUGAUUAAUUCUGAGCAGUUGGAAAGGCAGACUGAACAUUGCUCACAGUACCUUUCCACACUUCGGUUGUUAAUAUGACUGCUGCAUAGCUACGCAGUUCAAAACCAAGCUUGGGGCACAUUCAGAAAGAUCAAAAAACCAAGUGCAAGCGCAGUCUUCCUUCCCACAUCAAUCUCUAUUCUACAUAGGUGAAGCUUACCUAGAUUCAAAGAGAUUGAUGGUUUUAGGUUACCACAUUGGCUGACAUUCACACUCAGUGUGUUUUGCUUUCAAGAAUCCCCUAUUUAUCCAACCAAUCUGUAAUCCUCAUUCCUGUACACAACCUGUUGUGUCGCUUCACUUUGUGCCAGGGUGGCUUUUUCUGUAAUUUCACUUCACUAGUGUGCUCCCUCUGGGUGGCUGCAUGUUUCUGCUUAAAGGCUUUCCAUUGAGUGACAGAUUAAAUUCUGCACCCGAUUUUACUUAUUUUGGCUCUAACACUGUUUCACAAACCACUGGAGCAGGAAGUCAUUAGCUCAACAAAGCCAAGCAAGUCUGUGUUUACAGUUCCGCCCUCCCUGUUUAUUUAGACGGAAUGGUUUGGCCACAGCCAUUUUCUACUCUGGAAGUUUUAUGCUGCUCUUCCAUGGGUAGUGUUACCUUGUACAAUAAUGUAGAAUGCCAGUAGUCUUAACAUUACUGUACAUAUGAUUAAUUUGCCUUCAAAGUAGAACAUUUGAGUUUGUUGUUUCCUUAUAUCAUUUACAUUUCAUUUGGAAUUUGUAUGAAAUUGUGUACUUUUCUUGUCGCUCGUCUCCUCAAACAAGACCCUAUAUGUAAAACGAUGCACCUUUUAAAAUUACAAAAGAGAUGAAGAACAGUUAAACUGAGUCGGAACUGGCUCUUUAAAGAAACCGUGUGCCAGUUUUUGCAUAAGCAGCACUAUUUGCAAAGCAUCUCCACAUUUUAACCUUGGGUGCAGGCCUCCCUGUCAGCAAGUAAAAUAUGUCGGGGUACAGUGAGACAGGAGAACGUGUUUAUCAGCCAUCAUCCUCAACUAUUAAGGCUCCCAGUUUUCUGCCGGAUGCCUGCUGUCAAUAAAGCACUGAUUGGAGGCACUGGGACACCGCCUGCAGGGACCAGGUGAGGAGGCUGCACUCAUUUGCAAUUCUAAGAUGAAAAGAGGCAGCAGAGUGUGCUGCUUGGGCGCCUCUCUUUGUUUGCACAUAUCAUUUCCACUCUAAUGAACACUGCACAGUAGUGGGCCCUUGUAACAAGGCUCAAAGGUAGGCUCAAACAUUGUUUACAUUUUGCAUAGGUCUUUGCAGGGCCUGGGGAACAAAAAAAAAAUCAUUUCCUCCUCCUGUGUGGGACCUACCAUAAAAGUGAAUCAGUUUUAGCAUCCACAGCUUUGUUUUAUGCCGUUCCUCGUACCUAAGCACAGUAUAAACCUUGAAAACAAAUUGCUGGAAUCCUCGGAGUGGGAAAAGGAAAUACUGGAGUGUCUAUCACCAACUUCAAUGUUGGAUUUGUAUCUCUGUUUCCACUCCACAGUAUGCAGGUGGCCAAAGCCUCCUGCUGUGCUCAGAGCUGUUUGCUGCUUAGUGUCCCUGCCAAAGGAGAGUUGCUGCCCCUAUCGCUGGUGUGUGGGUGUGUGUGUGUGUGUGUGUGUGUGGGCAAGGGGGAAAUGAAGACUUAGGAUGUACUCUACAGCAGUCCAGUACAUCUGAGGGAUUUGGAAGGGGCGUAAAUUGUCCUCCCUCCUACCCUCUCAGUGGGAAAGUGUUUUAAAGAUCAUUUACCUGUUUCUCCAAACGCCUCAAGCGCUCGCUUCAGCACUGUGACAGAUGUCAUUUCUGUUGUCUUUCACCUUCCCUUGCUGUUGUGUUUUUAGUUCAGCAAAGUCAGAAACCUGUUUCAAUCUUGACAAGAGAUGCAGGGGCGCUUUGGAAGUUCAUUGUCAGUCUCUACUGUUAACUAUCCAGUGAAGGUGAAAAAUCAUGAUGAUGAUCUCAAAAGCAAACAAAAGAAUUAAGUAAGCUAGAGAAGUACUCAUCCUGCAAUCCAAAUCUCUAUCUCACAGGUCAAACACAAAUUUGGAGCAUGUUCCCAUCGUGACACUUCCACUUCUUGAUACAGUAUACCACAGAUUAUUCUCAGAUUUGGAACGACACCUAACCACCUUUCAAUGGUACUAGAAUUUCAAAAUCCUCCUGCUGUAUUGUAGCUGAUCAGUGGUAGAGAACAGGAGAGUGAACAGUGUCACAUUUCUGUUGCAAAACCUAGAAAUCUUCAUUUCAAAACCCAAACAGCCCGUGACAAAGCAGUGUUAUCACAACAGUAUUUUGCAUCUCUUGGACCUGUGUUCUCAUUAGCUCAUCUCUGUUGUGAAAAUACAACUUCAUUGUCCAUAUUAAUUAGCAGCCACUGUAGCUCAAACAGACGGGAGGGUUGCCAUGGGUGGGGGUGGUGGCAGAGACUGAGGCUGUAGGAGGAUACUGCUGUAGUUGCACUUCCCUCUUGCAGUCAUCAGUGGAAUGAUAGAUUGCUAAAAUAGCCCUUUAGCUCUCUAGAAGUGAUAGUCACAGCUACAUUAAGAUCCAUUUCUAAUAAUCCUAGAAUCUCCAGAUCCCACCUCCAACCAGGAGGCCAUGUUGUUUCCUGAAAGCUGCUGCCAAGCCUCCUAGUUCCGCUUCAUGUUCGUCCACAUUCUGCUGCUCACAAAGCUGCCUCAAGUAGGCUGUUACGAAUUAUUCUAGACAAUCUUUCGGCAAUGUUGUGCACUGCAAGAAUAUUUUUCUUAAUGAAACUAAACACUAAUUCAUCCGUUAGAAAUCUGAGGUCUUUAAUUGCAAAUAAAUGUGUGAAAAGUACCAGUCAAAAGUUUGGACAUACUUUCCCAUUCACUUGAAUGAGAAAGCGUGUCCAAACUUUUCACUGGUACUGUGAGCAUGAGAAAAUACAUCAUGGUGACUUCACCAGACACUCUUCAGCUCUGCUGCUGCACGAGUCACUGAGAGAUAAAAUGUUCUCGACUCGGUGCCAACACUUGACAGCUUGGUGGUCUUUACCAAACUCACGAGUGCCUCAGCCAUAAACUGAUAGAUAGCAGGAAUUAACAAUGCAUUUAAUUGCAGAAUUUAUAAGCAUAACUCACUGAGCAGAUGGGAGUCAUUGGUGUGUUUGGAGUCACUUUAUUCAAAUCCCAGGAUAUUGUACUUCAUCCAUGUCCAGAGGAACAUUUUCCUCUCCAGUGUGGGAUUUAUCUAAACUAAUACAAAAGCCUAGUGGCCAUUUGGCUUCAGAUUGGUAUUGUGUCAUUGAGUCUUGGCAUGUGCAGAGUGAAAACAACUGUGCACAGCUCUACUGGACUCUAUAACCGAUCUGGACAGCUGUCAUAGGGCAUAUGCAUAUCACUGUUGUCAGGUGGUGGAGACUUAACUCAUGUACAACUGGAAGUUAACAUAAAAAGCAACCUUUGGUGUUUGAAAUGUUUGUAUUUGGGAAAAGGAUCCUUAAAUAUGUCCAUGCUUUUCAGAUGAUUGAAAUAAAUUCUGCACAACAGCAUUAAAUGUGACAAUUAUUUUUAAUUCAGUAAAGCAUUAAAUGAAGGUAAUAAUAUCAGUGGAAUUAUACCAAUGUAAUAAGUAUCCACAGGAUUGAAAUGAAAGUCAUGGAAACAGUGUGUGGGAAAAAAAAGUGUGAGAGUAAAAAAAUAAGAUCAGUUUCUACAUCAACUGUAUAUUUGCUUGUUUUCAAAUACAGCCUACUAUAGCUCAGGAUAUGACUGAUAUUUUAUAAUGAUGUUUUUCAAAAGUUUAAGUUUUCAUUUCUGUAGUGAUUGGAAGAAAGACAUUUUCACUCACAUCUGAUCCCUGAAUUCAAGAUGUCAUUUCUUUUCCAUUUCAACUUAACCCCAUUGAAAUUGGGGAGAGCGAUUUGAAGCCGCAGCCAUUUGGAAGACCUUAAACAGUUAUUCAAAGAGGACCACCAAUCAGCUUCCAGCAGUGAGGUAUUGAAUAAAGAUAAUCAGGCUCUGAAUAGAAAUUCAGAAAUGCAUAAAGUGGUAAAGUAGUGCCUCAAACAUAUCCAGAGAUUGACAGACGGACACUGAGUGAGUCAGACAGGAUACUAAUGUCUGUCCUGUCAUUCGGUCUUCCCUUUUAGCAGGCUCCAUCUCACUGCCCAUGUGGGACUGAGUCUGAGUGACAAGCCACUGACAUUUACAAUCUCUCAGCCUCAAAGUGUGGGCAAGCAAGCCUGUAUCAAAAUGUGACCACAGUGGAUGUUCUGAGUCAUCAUUAGUGAAUUUCUGGAAUUUCAUAUGCUCAUGCAUCACUAUAUUUCUGCUUGUUCACUACUCUCUGAUGAUACUCUGUGCGCUAUAUUUGGCCUGUUGUCCCAUCUGCUUUCAGCAUCCAGUUUCAUUAAAUCUACAAUGUUGUCACAGAAAACCAUGUUUGAUUUUAAUUUACAAUGUGUUAUGAGAUGAAGCUGAAUAUUUUUACA